CGCAUCUUAUUUUAACUCAUUGAGAUUGAAUCGGACGCCAGAAACUAUCUAACCUACAAAUCGAUUUUUGGCUAUAGGAUCUCUACUACCCGAACAGUGGGUUAGGUUAUAGCAGGACCGGACUCAAACCCCACCAACCAUGGCGGUUAUCGACGAAGACACAUUCUCUAAUAUCCCUUGGAACAGCAGUAACAAUGCGGCUAGUUCUACCUCAUCUACACCUACUAUAGAAGCAGAGCCUCCUAGCGCACAAGCCCAACAUCACGGCGCCGACCUGGAACGCCUCGAUCCCGGCCUGUCCGGCGACAUCCUCGAGUGCACCGUAUCAGAGCCUCGCAAGGAACAAGACGGUACCAAAGAUGCAUUUGUAUCGUAUCUGAUUACUACACAUUCAACAUUCCCCUCCUUCCAGAAAUCAACCUUCACCUCUCGCCGUCGCUUCACAGAUUUCGUCUUCCUCUAUAAGACCCUUUCCAAGGACUACCCAGCAUGCGCGGUACCGCCGCUGCCAGAUAAACAGCGCAUGGAGUACGUGCGAGGCGAUCGCUUCGGCCCAGACUUCACCAACCGACGAGGCUUCUCUCUACAACGCUUCCUCGCGCGCAUCACCCUACAUCCUAUCCUCCGCCGAGCGCCUAUCUUCCACACCUUCCUCGAGUCCCCCGACUGGAACGCGACCAUGAAGUCCCGUGCGUCUAGAACUAGCACGGCGUCCGACCAAGGGAGCGGAGGCGUAUUCGACAACUUCGCCGACACCUUCAUCAACGCUUUCACCAAAGUUCACAAGCACGACAAGCGGUUCGUCGAAGUUCGCGAGAAGAGCGACAAGCUGGACGAGGACUUGGGGCACGUAGAAAAGGUCGUGGCGCGGGUCGCCCGGCGCGAAAUAGACCUCGAGACCGACUUGCGGGACCUCGCCGAACAAUUCCAAAAACUAAUCACCCUGGAGCCGGGCGUCGAGAGUGCGGUGCACGGGUUCGCCGCCAGCGUGGAGGACACGGCGACGGGGCUGAAGAAGCUGCGCGAGCACACGGACCAGGACUACCUGGGCAGCCUGCGGGACAUGCAGGCGUACAGCCAGGCGCUGAAGAACCUGCUCAAGGCGCGCGAGCAGAAGCAGCUCGACCACGAGCAGCUGACCGAGUACCUGAACAAGUCGACGGCCGACCGCGACUCGCUGGCGUCGGGGUACGGCUACGGGAGCGCAGGCGCCCUGGGCGGAGCGGGGGGAUACCUCCGGUCCAAGAUCGAAGACGUGCGGGGCGUGGACCACGAGGCCAGCCGCCGCGAGCGCCUGCGCAAGCUCGAGAUGCGCAUCGACGAGCUGACGACCGAGGCGGAGCGUGCCAAGAAGACGAGCGAGGCCUUCGACGAAGAGGUCGUCAAGGAGGUCGUCGACUUUGAGCGCAUCAAGCGAGUCGAGCUCAAGCGCCAGCUGGGCGGCCUGGCGGGCGCGCACGUCGAGUUCUACGGCGCGGUCGUCGACGUCUGGGAGCAGUACGUGAGGGAUAUGGAGAAGGAAGGGCUGAGCUCUUCCGAGUACACGGGCUGAAUUCCUUCCCGGAACGGGGUGGGGGUGGGAUGAUGAGAGCUGAGCUGAGCUACGCUGGCUGAUGUAAGAGGAUAGAGAGGAUGCGUGUAAGAAGGAAAGGAGUAUGGAGAGCGUUAGGGUCGAAUCCAAAAAUAGCGUUCUUACACGAAUAUUUCUACCUAAUAUACACGGCUUCUCCUCCAAGAUCCGGCCAGGCCAGGCCAGGACAGGACAGGACAGGACAGAAAAGUCAUUUAAAGCCGAGGGGAGACGGAUAGGAGGUAGGCAUGCGUUUAUUAUGGGCUUAAGCUCGACCUUUUCCUUUCAAAAGC